AUGCAGGAGGAGGAGGAUGGGGCAGGGCGAGUGCGGGAGCUGCAGGAGCAAAGGAUGACGAUGCAAAAGAAGACUUUCACAAAGUGGAUGAACAGCAUCUUCACCAAAAACAAGGACCCCAUUGAGGUCUCAGACGUGUACUCAGAUCUAAAGACCGGUCUGGUUCUGAUUCGUCUCUUGGAGCUGAUCUCUGGGACCAAGUUGCGCGCUCAGACCCGCGCUCGACUCCGCGUCCACUGCCUCGAGAACAACUCCAUCGCCCUGAGCUUCCUGAGGACCAAGAUCCCCGUGGAGCUGAUUGGACCGGAGAAUGUGGUGGACGGGAAUCGAACCCUCAUCCUGGGCCUGCUCUGGAUCAUCAUCCUGCGCUUCCAAAUCGGAACCAUCCAAGAGCCUGAGUCUGAAGGCCAGGCCCAGCGCUCGGCUAAAGAGGCUCUGCUCCUCUGGUGUCAGAGGAAAACUGCAGGAUACUCAGGGGUCAAUGUCCAGGACUUCUCCAACAGCUGGAGGGAUGGACUGGCCUUCAACGCUCUCAUACACGCACACAGACCUGACCUAUUUGACUAUACCCGCCUCCUCUCAUCUGAGCCGCGCUCUGCCCUCCUCCACGCCUUCGUCCUAUCGGAGCAGGAGUUUGGGAUCAUGCAGCUUCUGGAGGUGGAGGACAUGUUAGUUCCUCACCCUGAUGAGAAGUCCAUCAUGACCUAUGUGUCUCUGUUCUACCACUACUUCUCCAAAUUGAGGCAGGAGCAGACCGUGCAGAAGAGGGUCGCCAAGAUCAUUGGGAUCCUAGUGGAGCUGGACCAGAUGAAACUUCAGUAUGAACGACUGGUGUCAGACCUGCUGCACUGGAUCAACACCAAGAUCAAGCAACUAAAUGACCGACGCUUCCCAAACUCAGUGAGGGAGAUGCAGACUCUUCUGACUGCCUUCAAAACCUACCGCACACAGGAAAAGCCUCCCAAAUACCAGGAGCGUGGGGCGAUUGAGGCUCACCUGUUCAAUUUAAAAACAAAACUAGUUGCAAACAACCAGCGAGCCUACAACCCUCCAGAAGGGAGGACUCUGAGUGACAUUGAGAGGAGCUGGACUCUGCUGGAAAAAGCCGAACACGAGAGAGAACGCGCUUUAACUGACGCGCUGCUCAGGCUGGAGCAGCUCGAACAACUUGCCCAGAAGUUUGAACGCAAGGCAUCUCUGAGAGAAUGUUAUCUGGAGGAUACGUUGCGUCUGAUUGGUCGACAGGACAUGAGAUCACUGGUCUCUCUGGAGGAGUCUCAGGCCGCGGGCCGCAGACUGGAGGCUCUGUGUGCAGAUGUAGGGGCCCGAGAGCCACGCUUCACUGCUCUGAGAGAGAUGGCCCUCAGUAUAGAGAGGGGAGGGUACCACAGCAAAGAGCGCAUCAUCAGGAGGGAGCAGAACAUCAGCCAGAGAUGGAGGGAUCUUCGGCAGAAGCUGCAGGAGCAGAGAGGCACGCUGGGAAAUGUAGUUCAGACUCUGAGCAUGCUCCGAGACAUGGAGCUGAUGUCACAAGAGCUCAAACUGCUGCAGGCCCAGGCUGCAGCCUCAGACCUGGGGAAGCAGUUGACGGAGGUGGAGGCUCUGCUGCAGAAACAGGACCUUCUGGAAGCUCAGAUCUCUGCUCAGGGAGAAGCUCUGAGCUCCAUCAGUGCUGCAGCACUAAGGGGCAAAGGUCAGGACGCUCAGCAGGUGCAUAGCCGAGUGAGAGCUCUAGAUGCUCAGUACAAGUCUCUGGCGGCCCUCAGCAGCAGCAGGAGGAGGCAGCUGGAGGCACAGUUGUGUCUGUGUGAGUUCCUCAGAGACUGUGAUGAUCUGGAGCAGUGGCUGUUUGAGCGUCUGGUCCAAGUGCAGACGUCAGGCCUGGGCCGAGAGCUGAGCCAGAUCGAGCAGGCCAUGCACAAGCACAAGGUGUUGGAGGCAGAGCUUCAGGCACAGGAGGUGGUCUUUCAGGGGGUUCUGUCUCGGGGUCGGGACCUGAUCUCUAAACAGAACCAGGACCAAAAGAAGACAGUCCAGAAGUGGAUCAGAAGUCUCCAGAAACAAUGGGACCACCUCCACAAUGAGAGCAAGGCCAAGAAGGAGAGACUGCAUGCUGCCAACACUAUCAAACAGUACUUCUCUGAGGCUGAGGAGGUUUCCUCUUGGCUCAGUGAUAGGAAGCCUGUCCUCACUGCCGAGGAUCAUGGGAAAGAUGAGCAGAGCACCGCGGCUCUGCUACAGCGCCACCUCAAGUUGAAGAAGGAGAUGGCAGCUUAUCGCUCUGAGAUCACAAGACUGAGUGAACAGGCCAAAACAGCAGCCCAGUUCAGCGCUCUAACUUCAGAACCACAGCCGACCAGACCUGUGCAGCUCAGUGACUCCUCUGCAGACGAGGGGGAGGGAAGUGGGAGGAGUCCUAUGAGCCCCGCCCCUCUCACUGAGAGCAAGGCAAAAGUGCGUUUCAGGUACAACAGAGGCCAGUUCCCCUGGGACCGUAACGAGGUGGUAACCAUCAUCAGAGAGGAGCCUGACGGAGACAGAGUCACGGCCCGAGACAGCAGAGGAAACCAGCAGCUGAUCCCCAAGACCUACCUCUCUCUGCUUCCACACAGUGCUCCUGCUGUAGAACACACCACUUCAUCCUCUAAUGUCCCAGAGGGCCCCAAGACCAGCCGGCCCCGACGCAGCCGCUCCAUGAGGCGAGGCACCGCCGAAAUCCAGAUGUCCUGGAGCCCAGACCCCCACUAUGAGAGAGGAGCUGUGGAGAGGAGCCAGAAAGAGCUGGAGGAGGAGUACCACAUUCUGUAUAGACUGGCUCAGUCUAAGACCCAGUCUCUAGAGGACUCCCUGCGUCUCCAUCGGUUCUACAGCAGCUGUGAGGAGUUUGAGUCUUGGAUGAACGACAAGGAGAACAUCCUCAACACGUUCAGUGCUACAGAAAACCCAGGGGUCAUUCAGGCCAAAUAUGAGAAUUUCCUGACGGAGCUGGUGAGUGGGUGUGGCCAACUGGAUGACAUCAUGAAAAUGGGAGACGAGCUUGUGAAGAGUAGGCACAGUAAACAGAGAGAGGUCCAGAGCAGACAAAAGCAGGUUAACAGCAGGUGGGAGCGUCUGCAGAGGCUCAAAGAGGAGAAGGGCAGAGAACUGCUAAGUUCAGCCGAUGUUCAGUCUUUUCUGCAGAGCUGUGAUGAAGCUCGAGCUCAGCUACAAGAGCAGCUCCACAGACUGGGACCAGCGCAUGUGAACACAGAGGCCAUGCAUGUGGACACACUGCACGUGGGCACACUCACCCUCAAAAAUGAGGAAGAGGCUCAGAUACAGGCGCUGAAAGACAUCCAGAUUCUGGAGGCGAAGAUCGCUUACCUGAAGAGCAUCGCCAAAAUGAAGCAGGACUGCAGCCCCGAGGAGAGCGCCGCCAUCAUGAAGGAGGUGAAGGCUCUGGAGGAGCUCCUCCGACAGGUGAAGAGGCGAGCGGCCAACAGACAGACUCACCUGGAUGAAGCGCGCCGUCUGCACAGCUUCCUACUUCAGUCCAAACAACUGCAGCUGUGGGCGGAGUCAGCCAGAGACCGCCUCCUACUGGACGACACCGGCACUGAUGUCACAUCAGUGCUAGGUCUGAUAGGACAGCACCAGGAGCUCAGGGAGGAGCUUGACCAGCAACAUGACAGGCUACAGGAGAUGGAGGCUGCUGCAAAAUCUCUUCCUAAAUCUGGAAACGUAGACAUUCACGAAACUCUUGAUUCUCUUAAAACUGAGUGGUUAAAACUGGACAAGCUGUGGACAAAUAGGAAACAUCGUCUGGAGGAAGGAGUGGAACUACACAGACUGAACCAGGAAGCAGACCGCAUCGAGGCGACACUGUCCGGACACGAAGCCCGACUCAGGGUCAAAGAUCUAGGGGACUCGGUGGACAGUGUGCACAGUCUGCUGAGGAGGCAGGAGGAGCUGGAGGGACUGAUUCUAGCGCUGGACCAAAGAGUGGAACUCUUCAGUGAACGCUGCCAUCACCUGGUGGAGCAGCAGCACUACGCUUCUAAACACAUCCGAGAACGGAACCGGAGCAUCCAGAAAGCACACAGGAAGCUGAAGGAGAGCAGCCGUGAAAGGAGGGCUGUUCUGCUCCAGGCUCAGAAGUACCAGGAGUUCCUGAGAGAUGCCGAGGAGCUGCUGCUGUGGAUGGACGAGAAGUCCAAAGUGGCAGAAGACGAAUCAUACCGCGACCCGACAAACAUCCUGCGAAAACUCAAGAGACAUGAGGCUCUGGAGAAAGAGAUGGAGGCCAACAAAGAUCGUCUGGACACGCUGCUGCAGGUGAGCCAGCAGAUGCAGUCUGAGGGUCACCACAACAGUCAGAACCUCAGCAGGAAGUCCACUCAGCUGAGCAGCCGCUGGAGAAGACUUCAGGAGCAAAUGAGUGAACGAGGAGACAAGCUGAGACAGGCAGGACAACAGGAGCAGCUCAUGGACCUGUUGCAGGAUGCUAAGUUGAAAAUUGAGGCGAUUCAGUGGAUGCUGAACAACGCAGCAAAAGGACAUGACCUCCGCUCCAGUCGCCAGCUGCUCAAGGAGCACCGGCAGCUGGAGCAAGAAGCGGCAGAGCUGGCCGAGAAGAUGAACUCCAUUGUGGGUCGAGUCAAACAUCUAGCCUCCACUCACUUCGACUCCCAGAGACUUCUGCAAGACACAGACACCUACCUUUCUCUGUUCAAGUCCCUUCAGAAGCCUCUGGAGCUGCGGCGCUCGCUGCUGGAGGCCUCAGUUCUUCUGUUUGAGUUCUACCAUGACGUCGACCUGGAGCUUAGCUGGAUUAACGAGAAACUGGCUCUGUGUGGCUCUGAGAGCGGACUGGACAAAAGUCUGUCUGCAGCACUCAGCUCCACACACAAACACAAGGAGGUGCAGGCAGAAGUGAACGCUCACAGCAAACACCUGAACUCUGUCCUGAAGAAAGGGAAGGGCCUUGCUAAAUCCCACCAAUCUGACGCAGGAGUCAUUCUAGAAAGGUGUGACCAUCUGAAGGCAGAGUGGGAGGAUCUAGAGGAGGCCUGCAGCCGAAGAGCCGCUCACCUGAACAAGGUCAUGACCCGAGAACAGCUGCUGUUGGACUGUUCAGAGCUGGAGUCCAGACUCACCGAAGCCCUCAGUUUAGUGUCCAUUGAGGACUAUGGAAAAGACUCAGCGGCCACUCAGAAACACCUCUCUAAACACCAGGUCCUGAUGGGUCGUGUGGAGGUGCUACAGUCUGAGGUGGAGGCUCUAGAGCUGCAGGUGGAAAAGGCCCAGAGGAGGUGGAGUCUGGAGGAACUCGGCCGCAGCUACACCCGUCUGCGGAACCUCAACCAGGAACUGCAGCAUCAGGCUCAGACCAGAGGUCAGAAGUUACGGGAAGUACUUCUUCUUCACGAGUUCAAACAUGAGGCAUCAGAGCUAGUUGAUUGGAUGAAUCAACAGAGACAGAGCAUGGAGGCACAGGAGCCCAGUAGCGAGCAACAUCUGGAGCUGCUCAAGAGGAAGUUGGACGGGUUCCUCAAACAGCUGGACGUGUGUGAGGAGCGUCUCCAGAUGUGCAGAGACUCUGGGAACAAGCUGAUCCAGAACAAGCAUCCACAGAGCCGAGCUGUGAAGGAGGUGCUACAGUCCCUCAGUGCAUGCUGGGAGGAGCUGCGGGGCCUGGCGUCAGAGCGAGAGGAGCAGCUGCAGAGAGAGGAGGCAUGUUUGAUAUUCUAUCAGGAGCUAAGCGACGCUCUGGCUUUCAUCAAGGAGCGGCAAAAGAGCAUCCCCGACUCUGUGGCUAAAGACCUGAGAGGAGUGGUGUCACAGCAGAAGAAACAUCAGACUCUGCUGCAGGAGCUGGCCUCCACUGAACAGCAGUUACAGGAGCAGCUGGAUGGUAUGGACGCCAUCUUGGAUUCCUGCUCUCCACACCUCAAGCCUCGUCUCCAGGAAGUGCAAAAGGAAAUAAUGGAGAGGUGGGAGGAGCUCCGCCUGGAGGCUGAGCAGAGGGAGGAGGAGCUUCAUGUGGCACAGCAGAGACACCUCUUCCUCAACACGGUGCACGAUUACAUGUUGUGGUGUUUGGAGCUGAGGGGAGCAAUGGCGGCUGAAGAAAGCAUCAGUGAUGUAUCCACUGCAGAUCUCCAGCUGUCUGCGCAUCAGCAGCUUAGAGCUGAGAUGGAUCAACGAGAGCAGAUCUACCAACAGGCCCUGGACAUGGGGGAGGAGCUUCAGAGACUGGACCGAGCCAAUCAGAGAGAGGUGGUGGAAAAAGUGCAGAAUCUGUGCUCAGAGCGAGAGCGUCUGGAGCAGCAGUGGACAGAUCGACAGAGGAGCUUAGAGGAGAUUCAUCUGGAGCAACUGUUCUACAGAGAAGCCAACAGCCUGGACAAGACCUCUUCCUCACAGGAGGUGCUGCUGCAGAAGGCCGCUGCAGGAGGCUCUGUGGAUGAGAUCGAGGCGCUGAUCAAACGUCAUGAAGCUUUUGAGAAGCUGCUCCUCUCUCAGGAUGACAAGCUGUACUCUCUGAAGGAGCAGUCUGAGCGUCUGAGAAAGCGUCUGAGCUCAGAGCAGAGCAGUAGGAUCCGGAGUAAGUACAAGUCUGUGAUGAAACGCAGACAGAGGGUCCGAGAGCUGUCUGUGCAGCGCAGAGAAGAACUGGAGCUAAACCACCUCAUUGCACUCUUCAACAGGGAUGCACAGCUGGCGAAGGAAUGGAUCAGUGAGCGCUCACACAAACUGUCUGAGGGCAGUGAGGUGGACCUGAGCAGUUUACAGAGCAAACUGAACCUGCUCCAGAAACACCAGGCAUUUGAGUCUGAGAUCCAGGCCCACAACCAGAACAUCAGCGCUGUGCUCCAGUCAGGAGAGCAGCUGCUGGCUUUGUCUCCUCGCUGUUCCACAGAUGUUACCAGGACCAUGGCGUCACUACGGCGACACUGGGAUGAUCUGCAGAUGGCUGUGGCUCUGAGAGGCAGUGCCCUCAAGGACCACAGGGACCUGCUGGAGUUUCUGCAGAAGGUGGAGGAGACCGAGGCCUGGAUCAGAGACAAGGAGGUGCUGAUCAGUGUUGGAGAGCUGGGGAAGGACUAUGAACAUGGGGUCCAACUACUGAAGAAACUGAGCGAGUUCAGAACCAAAGGACGAGGGGAGGAGACGGUGGAUGACGCUCACAUCAGAGCCAUAAACCACAGUGCGGCUCGUUUGGAGAAGAAGCAGAGGACAGAGGAGCUGCAGACAGUGAAGAAGAGGAGGCAGCAACUCAAUGACAGGUGGAGCAAGUUCCAUGUGGACCUCAGCGAGUACAAGGAGAAACUGCAGGGGGCGCUGGUGGUGCAUGGUCUCAUCAGGGAGUUAGAGGAGCUCCGGGACAGAGCCAGUGAGAAGAUUCUGCUGGUCCAGGGUCAGGGCUGUGGCUCUGAUGUGGAGACUGUGGAGAAUCUGAUCCGACGACACGAAGAGACAGAGAGAGAGACUCAAGUCAUCCUAGAGAGAGCUCAGACACUGGAGCAAGAGGUGAACUCUCAGCUGAAGAGCAGCUCUGUCCUUAAAGACAAACUGAAGGACAAACUCCGGGAGACACAGAAGACUGUGAAGGACCUGAGACACCAUGUGACAAACAGAAAGGAGCGUCUACAGGAAGCCCACCAGCUGCAGCUCUUUAAGGCCAACCAGCGCCUCCUGUUGGACUGGUGUGGGAAAUGUAGCCGAGACAUGGAGCACAGAGGGGCCCCUGAGAGCGCAGAGGAGGCAGAGCGACUCCUUACUGAGCACACAGACUGGAGGACAGAGAUCGAUGCUCGCUGUGAGCGCAUAGACUCUGUGAAGGACUUUGGGUCAGGCCUGAUCAAGUCUGGACAUGAGUCUAAAUCUGAGAUCAAGAGGCUGGACCAGCUGGACCAAGCUAAAGCAGACCUGGAGGAGACCUGGACUAAACACCGUCUGGUCCUAGAGCAGGCUCGGACUUUACAGAUGUUCCUGUCGUCAGUGGAGCAGUGUGAGCUGUGGCUGAGCAACAAGGAGGCGUUUCUGUCCAACCAUGACCUAGGGGGCUCUGUUGCAGAGGUGGAGGUUCUGCUAAGGAAACAUGCUCAGUUUGAGGAGGAGUUGGAGACUCAGGUCCAUCGGCUGCAGCAGGUGGAAGCUCAGGCCAAAGACAUGAUCCAAACCCAGCACCAGAGCUCACAGACCAUCAGAGAGAAGAGCAAUGCACUCAAACACAGACACAGUGAACUUCAGAAGAGAAGCAGAACUCGUCACAGAGAUCUGGAGCAGGCUCUUCAGCUGCAGCAAUUUCUGUCCAAUGCUUAUCAGGUCUGUUAAGUGUGGCUGUCUGAACGCAACGCUGUGGCUCUGGAUGAAAACUGGAGGGAACCAACCAACCUCCAGGCCAAACUUCUCAAGCACCAGAGCUUUGAGAGCGAAGUCCUGGCCAACCGAUACCAACUGGACAAUCUCAGCAAGGAGGGUCAGAAGUUGAUGGAUGAGAGUCGUUCUGCUGAGGUUAAAGUUGGUCCCAAACUCAGAGAAAUGUCAGAAAACUGGGAAUCUCUGCUCCAUAACUGUAAAGAGAAAAAGAGCCGACUACAGGAGGCCUACCAGGCGUUACAGUUUGAGCGUAGCCUUGAUGACAUGGAGCAGAGGGUAGAGUCAGUGGAGAGGGGCGUGUCCAGUGAAGACUGUGGCUCUGAUCUGCCAUCUGUGACUCGGCUCUUAAAGACUCUGCAGGGGCUGGAGCAGGAAGUGGAUGGGCUACGGGACAGACUGCAGACUUUGUUGGAGACUGCGAAGAGUCUCCAGUCUCAGGGAAACUUCAUGGCCGAGGAGAUCCAGAGCAGAGUGGCCCUGACCAUCAAGAGGUACAACGGCCUAAGUGAGCCCAUGCUGAGGCGCAGGGAGACUUUGGAGGCCUGGCGCAGUCUGUUCCAGUUCCAGAGAGACAUGGAGCUGGAGGAGGCCUGGAUCAGAGAGGCUCUGCCCAGUGUCAGCAGCCCCGAGCUGGGUAACACACAGAGCUCCACCCAGCAACUGCAGACUAAGCAUCAGUCUCUGAUGCAGGAGCUGUCCAGUCACUCUGCCUCAGUCAAGUCUAUUGAGGAGACGGGCCGUAACCUGGUCAGGGCGCGGCACUUUGCCUCUCAUGAUGUUCGAGAGCGUCUGGAUGAACUUAAGCGUCUCCAUGAGCAGCUGAAAGUCGACGCUCAGAGAAGAGAAAAGCUCCUGCAGGAGGCUUUGCGCAUCCACAGCUUCCUGGGGCAGGUGUCAGAGCUGGAGGAGCGUCUGAAAGAGCAGCGCUCAAUCCUGGACAGUUCAGACUGUGGCAGAGACGAGGAUACCACACAGGCCUUACUCAAAGCACUGGACACUGUGGACUCUGAGCUCGAGAACCAACGCAGGACUGUGUCCAAGCUGCAACAAACAGGAGCCGAACUAGAGGGCCUCAGGCAUCCCAACAGCCGCCUGGUGGCUGAAUCUCUCCCUGUGAUGGUGGACAUGUUUGAGUCUCUCCUGCGUCUCUCCUCGUCUCGUCGAAAUGCUCUGUCAGACCAGCUCCGCCUUUACGCAUAUGACCGAGAGGCGAAAGAACUACAAACGUGGCUGACCAACAAGAAGAGCCUAGCUGAGUCUGAGGACUGUGGGCAGGACCUCGAAGGAGUAGAGGUUCUUCAGAAGAAGCUGGAGUCCCUGAUGGCUGAGGUGUCUUCUCUCGGCCGCAGUCGUCUCUCUGAGGUCCAACAGCUUGCCCGGGGGCUUCAGAGGGACGCUCAGGCCCGAAACAGGGAUGAGAUUAUCAGCCGUGUGUGGGAGGAGCUAAGCAGUGCGCUAACCACCAGAGAACAGAAGUUACGUUUGGCUCGAGAGGUUCACCAGUUUAACCACGACGCAGAGGAGCUGAAGGGCUGGAUGGCAGAGAAAGACCUGGUCCUAGACUCUGAAGAUCCAGAUCAGGACCUGCUCUCUGUGCAGACUCUGUUCAGACAACACCAGACUCUGGAGAGAGACUUGGGCCUGAUCUCUGAGGAGGUGAGCCGCUCUAGAACCGAGGGUCGCGCUCUGAUUCGCCGACAGCCCGCAGUGCAGUGCUCUGUGGAGCAGAGACUGAAGGAGCUAGAGGAACACUGGAACAGCUUGGAGCUUAAAGCCUCCACCAGGAGAGUGAAGCUGGAGAGGGCCCAGGAGGUGUGGAGGUUCAUGGACCAGAGCAACCAGAUCAUGUCGUGGCAGAGGCAGAUGCUGUCUCUGCUCAGAGCUGAGGCACAGGUGGUCUCAGGAUCAGACCUGGAUCAGCUGAUCAGGAAACACGCAGAGAGACGUGUGCAAAUCGACCGUCAGAUGAGUAAGAGCGACGCACUGACAGAGGAGGGGAGGAGGCUACUGCAACACGGAGGCUUCAUGUCUGCUGAGGUGGAGACUCGGUUGACGGAGCUGCAGCUGUUGCAGGAUCAGCUGAUCUCUCUUUGGGAGGAGCUCAGAGUAUUUUAUGAAGAAGAGCGUGAGAUGUUUGUCCUGAGGAGAGAGCUGGAGCAGGCCGAACGCUGGCUCAGCAGCCAUGAGAGGGCGCUCACGUCACAGGACUACGGGGAUUGUGUGUCUGACGUGCUGGAGCUGCUGAAGAGGCAGGAGGACCUGGAGGCAAUGAUCCAGGCUCAGAAUGACCGCUUCAAUACUCUGCAGAAGAAGAUCACUCAGAGGGAGAAACGACUGCAGAUUAUGAGGAAUGAGGACGUCUCUGACAGGAAAGCUCCAGUGAGAGUCUCGUCUCUGAAGAGAAAACCUUCUGACCCUAAACUCAAGACUGGGUCCUCCUUCAGAAACACCUGGACCACUGAUCCAUCUGACGACAGCAACAGAGAUGAGACAGAUAGCUCAUCGUCUACAAAAUCUACUGUACGCUCAUCCUAUAGAGACCUCCAUACCACACCAUCUGACCAUCAGAGAGACAGAACCACAGCUCUAUCUGACCACAGCAGCAGAGAGGAGACUGACUACAAAGCGUAUCCAAAAUAUAGUGUACACCUCCAGACCACAACUUCAUCUGUGAACAGCAGCAGGGAGGAGAAGAUGGACAAAACUCUAGCCUCACCACAAUCUCCAACCAGACCAAGAGCACAACCGUUCUCUCUGUCUGAGCACAGCACCAAGGAUGAAGAAACAUCUCGAAGGUUCACAUCAAAGCUACAGGAGGACACUGCAUCCUCAUUAUCAAAACAUCAGGCAUCUCCAGCCGUUUCGUCCUCACCAGAGUCUCACCCCAAGUUUAGACCCAGAUCAAGGGAUAUAAACAUGAGGAACACAGCUCUAUCUGACCACAGCAAAGAGGAGGAGACCUAUCAAACACCCACAGCACAAGCACGCACCAGCCGAUAUAGGAGCUACAGAUCUGAGCCCAGUGAAGAGUCUACCGUACCAUCUUCACCCAAACCUCCAGAAUCGCCAAAAUCUUCAUCUAUUUUGUCCUCAUCAGAGUCUCCGCCCAGGUUUAGACCUAGAUCCAGGGAUAACAACAUGAGGAACACAGCCCUGUCUGACUAUAACAAAGAGGAGGAGAGCUAUCAAACACCCACAGCACAAGCACGUACCAGUCGAUAUAGGAGCUACAGAUCUGAGCCCAGUGAAGAGUCUACUCCACCAUCUUCACCCAAACCUCCAGAAUCUCCAAAAUCUUCAUCUGUUUUGUCCUCAUCAGAGUCUCCGCCCAGGUUUAGACCUAGAUCCAGGGAUAACAACAUGAGGAACACAGCUCUGUCUGACCACAGCAAAGAGGAGGAGAGCUAUCAAAUAACUACAGCACAAGCACGUACCAGUCGAUAUAGGAGCUACAGAUCUGAGCCCAGUGAAGAGUCUCCUCCACCAUCUUCACCCAAACCUCCAGAAUCUCCAAAAUCUCCAACUACAGAAGCUAAAGUCAAACCUCCUCUAGCUCCUAAGCCUCGCGUUGUUUCUGCAGAGUCCAGCCAACACGCUGCAUCUGAAGCGAUUAAGCAGGAUUCACCUGCAUUUGUCAGAAAACUCACUCCUCCUUCUGUAGCCCCUCCUCCCCCUCCUCAAAGUCCUCUAGAGAUGGCCCUAAGAAGAGCGGAGUUCACUGUCGUUGAAGAAGAAUCGGAGUCAGUCACAGUGCAAGAUUCUGAAACCCCGCCCACUUUACAGGAAGAGAAGAAAUCUGAAAGUCUGCCCCCAGAAGAUGUAGAGGUGAGCUGUGGGCAGAAGAUCCGGAUGCAGGGGGCGCUAGAGCUUAAACGAAAGCUGGAUCACUGGGAACAGGUGUUUGCUGUUCUGGAGUCUGACACUCUGAGACUGUUCCAUGAUAAAGAAGCUGCCGCUGAGGGGACCUCCAGGUGGCCCCCUAUCAACCUGAGAGGAGCUGUGUGCAGAGAAAACGUGUACUACAGAAGAAAAGACCACACGUUCAAACUCAUUCUGGAGGACAGGAGCCAGUACAUGUUUGCUGCUCACAAUAAAGAGCUGCAGCUGCUGUGGAUCAGGAAGCUCCAGAACCAGGACUCAGCUUCAUCUGACUCCGAGGACUCAGGGAGAGCAUCUUCAGUGAAUGUCAGUCUGGAGAAACUCACCGAUACCAACGAGGACACACCGCCCCCGAAACAAGAGGAGAAAGAGGAGAUGAGGGAGGAGAGGAGAGAGGGAAGAGAGGAGGAGAGGAGAGAGGGAAGAGAGGAGAGUCCAGAGCCACCCUCCAGCCCUCCCCCCAAACCUCCUCACACCUACUACAACCAGCACCGCUACAGUUCAGGCUCCUCUGCUCCAGACUCAGAACCUAAAGACCCUCAGACCCCUGCAGCUCCAGAAGAGGCCACCAGGGAGCGCCCUCGGAUCAAUGUCCUGCGCAGGCUCUUCAGGAAGUGAGCCCCGGACCUGAGCCUAAACCAGAACUAAUAAAGUGAAACUGAAUCAGGACUAAACCAGAACUAAACCAGGACUAAAGCAGGACUAAACCAAGACUCAACCAGCAUUAGUCUAAGGUGAAAGGAUGUUCUUUGAGAGGGACAGAGGUGAGAGAUUUAGCUGCACUUAAUGUAAUUCAGUUUUGCAAAUGUGACAGUUGUCUUUAAUGAUUUAAUGAUUGUUUUUUAGGUUAUUACUACAUUAAUCUGGAUUUUUGUAUCUAAAACUCUGCCAAUAAUGUUAAUACUACUAAUGUUCAUUCUACUAUUACUACUAAUA